CAUGCUCCUGGCUUUCACCAGUAGCCUCCUUUGAUUGUCAGUCACAACCUGGGAGAGUAGUAACACAGAAGAAUACACCUGCUUGCAGGGACAGAGGAUCAAGAUUAAAUAAAAUGAAUACUUGUUAUUGCUUCAUCAAGAACAUUCUUAAAUGAAACUGGCUAUACCCCCAUUUUGAUGUGGUGGUGAGAGGAAGACAGACUCAAUGUACAGUUCGGUACUAUAUAUUGCCUUGAUUCCUGCUAAGUUUCCAGCAGCCUCACCAUUGCUUUUACAGUACAGUGGUUAACACGGUGCCAAAAGAUGUGAUGGAGCUGCUUGAAGAAGAUCUUACGUGCCCAAUCUGCUGCAGUCUGUUUGAUGAUCCUCGAGUUUUGCCUUGCUCUCACAACUUCUGCAAAAAAUGCUUAGAAGGGAUCUUAGAGGGGACUGGGCGGAACUCAUUGUGGAGGUCAUCUCCAUUCAAGUGCCCCACAUGCCGCAAGGAAACUUCAGCCUCCGGAGUCAGUAGCCUGCAGGUUAAUUACUCCCUGAAGGGUAUUGUGGAGAAGUAUAACAAGAUCAAGAUCUCUCCAAAAAUGCCAGUGUGCAAAGGACACUUGGGGCAGCCUCUCAACAUUUUCUGCCUGACUGACAUGCAGCUGAUUUGUGGGAUCUGUGCUACACGUGGGGACCACACCAAACAUGUCUUCUGCUCUAUUGAAGAUGCCUACGCUCAGGAAAGGGGCGCCUUCGAGUCCCUCUUCCAGAGCUUUCAGACCUGGCGCCGGGGAGAUGCUCUUUCUCGUUUGGAUACCUUGGAAACUAACAAAAGGAAAUCUCUACAGUUACUGACUAAAGAUUCAGAUAAAGUGAAGGAGUUUUUUGAGAAGUUACAACACACAUUAGAUCAAAAGAAGAAUGAAAUCCUGUCUGACUUUGAGACCAUGAAACUUGCAGUUAUGCAAGCCUAUGACCCAGAGAUUAACAAACUCAACACCAUCUUACAGGAACAACGAAUGGCCUUUAACAUCGCUGAGGCCUUCAAAGAUGUGUCAGAACCAAUCAUAUUUUUGCAACAGAUGCAGGAAUUCAGAGAAAAAAUAAAAGUAAUCAAGGAAACUCCUUUACCUCCCUCUAAUUUGCCCACAAGCCCUUUAAUGAAGAACUUUGAUACCAGUCAGUGGGAAGACAUAAAACUAGCAGAUGUGGAUAAACUUUCUUUGCCUCAAGACACUGGCAUACUCAUUGGCAAGAUUCCCUGGAGCUUUUAUAAGUUUGUAGUAGUCAUUCUGCUUGGCCUUUUCAUUUUCUUCAGUGUUUUCCUAGAAUGGCCUUUAUUUGAUGAGUUCUCAACCUGGAAAGACCAUCUUUCACAUUUCAGUUCCUAUCUGACUAAGUCGCCUGAUUUUAUAGAACAAUCAGUUUUUUACUGGGAACAGGUGACAGAUGGGUUUUUCAUUUUCAGUGAAAGAUUCAAGAAUUUUACUUUGGUGGUGCUGAAUAAUGUGGCAGAAUUUAUGUGCAAAUAUAAACUAUUAUAAAAUCUGUUUUAAGUGCAUAGUACUCUGUUUUUUGUUAGACAUUUGUAAGAGAACAAAGUGGUAGUUCAGAUUUGGUCAAAGAUCCAGUCAGAUACUUUCCUUCAAAAGUAAUAACUUAAAUAUGCCUUUCAAAUUAGGUAGCAUAAAGAUAAAAGUGAAAUUUAAUUGUACAGUCCUGAACCCUCCUUCCUUUUUAGAGUGCUUUUGAAAUAAGUAUCAUUACUUCCCAAUAUUGUGUUUAUGCUAUGUAAAAAGGAGAGGUGAAAGAGCACAUGGUGUAAUACUAUAUUGAUGAGGUAAUGUAAUAGUGAUUGUACCUAAUAAAGACUACUCUUGUAAAGCAA